AUGACUUUUGCUGGAUACAUUCUAGCGACGACGUUGCCCGAUUGCCAAGUUACCAAGCUGCCAUCGAAAGCCGAUCGCUGGCCAAACGAUGCGGCCGAGCUGAUGCGUCGUUAUGGCUUCAACUUGCCUACCUCUUCGAAAUUGGUGAUUAGUGACGUGGUCAUCUGGACCGACACAGGACGCCUUUUGUGCUCGGACGUUGACGCUUUCAGCACGUUCGUGGGACGAUAUCGGCUCGUGCCACAAACUCUGAUCCAGUUCGUGAUGGCGAUAUCCCGCAUGAAAGCUGCGGCGAUGGCGCUGCUACGUGCCCGCCAGACCUCCCAGUCCGCCACUCAACACCUCGCCUUCUCUACUGAAGCCACUGAUGCUGCAGCUGCCGCGUUACGCAUGGGCUUUAAAAAGGCUCGAAAAGACGAGGAUGGCGGUGUGAAAGUGGGGCUGGAGGCAGAGCCCGAUUCACCAACAGAUGUGAGCGCCGUUUCGACGCCAGUAGUAGAGAAGAAGCUCGUGCCGCCAGCCAUGAGCUCCACACAGCCACUUUGGCUCACACAGGACCAUCCUGUGACAGACCUGUCGGGCUUUGCACCGAAGAUUGUGGUGGUUGGCGUCGGAGGAGCUGGAGGAAAUGCGGUGAACAACAUGAUCGCGCGCGGCCUGCAGGGUGUGGAGUUUCUUGUUUGCAACACGGAUGCUCAGCACUUACGCACGACGCUGACGGAGAACCGCGUUCAGAUGGCUCCUGAAUUGACUGGAGGACUGGGCUGUGGCGCUAACCCCGAAGUUGGCCGAGAGGCGGCAGAGGCCGCGAUUGAUGAGAUUUUGGAGCGCGUUCAGGGUGCAAACAUGAUGUUUGUUACUGCGGGUAUGGGUGGCGGAACAGGUACAGGUGCAGCACCCGUCAUUGCUCAGGCUGCCUUAGAUGCUGGUAUCCUCACCGUAGCUGUCGUUACUAAGCCGUUCCGGUUUGAGGGAAACAACCGUGCAAAGCUUGCGGCACAAGGCCUCGCUGAACUGAAGGAUAGCGUCGAUACGAUGCUUGUGAUCCCGAACCAAAACUUGUUCAACAUGUCAAAUGAGCGCACCUCGUUGAUGGACGCAUUCAGAAUGGCGGACAAUGUGCUUCUGGACGGUGUCAAGAACAUUUCGGAUUUGAUGGUGAUGCCUGGGCUCAUUAACCUUGACUUUGCGGAUGUUCAAUCGGUCAUGCAAAAUAUGGGAAACGCUAUGAUGGGAAGUGGAGAGGCCGAUGGAGAGAAUCGGGCUCUGCGUGCUGCUGAAGAUGCAUUGGCGAACCCUCUUCUGGGUGAUAUUUCGAUUAAGGACGCCAAGGGCAUGAUCGUUAAUAUCACGGGAGGCUCCGACCUGACGCUAUUUGAAGUUGAUGAGGCUGCUGAGCGUGUGACGCGGGAACUUGAUGAUCCACACGCCAACAUCAUCUUCGGUUCGACCUUCGACGACUCGCUGGGCGGCAAGCUACGCGUCUCCGUGGUUGCCACUGGUAUUGCCGACCCCGACAAGUUAUAG